CUUGGUGGCCCCGAAUGGGAGGUGCUACUUGGGAGAAGAGAUUCUACUACUGCAAGCUUGAGUGAAGCCAACAGCGACAUUCCCAGCCCAGCAUCGGACCUCAGCACUCUUAUAUCAGCUUUUGUUAAGAAAGGCCUUUCCACCAACGAUUUGGUUGCCCUAUCAGGAGGUCACACAAUUGGUCAAGCAAGGUGCUCCACAUUUCGAACUCGGAUCUAUAAUGAAACCAACAUUAAUCCCUUGUUCGCCAACUCACUGAAAUCCAAUUGCCCGAGCGUUGGAGGAGACAACAACCUUUCUCCUUUUGAUUUUCAAACUCCUGUAGUAUUUGACAAUGAAUACUACAACAGCUUAGUGAAUAGUAAUGGCCUUUUGCACUCUGAUCAACAACUCUUCAAUAAUGGCUCUACAGACUCUCAAGUGAGCUCAUACGUUACAAAUUCCGACAACUUUUUUGCAGACUUUGUUUCGGCAAUCCAGAAUAUGGGGGCUAUAUCCCCACUUACUGGUGGCCAGGGAGAGAUCAGGCUAAACUGUAGGGUCAUAAACUAAGAUAUAUACCGCUGUUAA